GUUUUAUGUUUUUGUAGUCGUUUUGUGUCUCUUUGUUGUUGUUUUGUGUCUAUUUGUAUUUUUUUGUCUCUUUGUAGUUGUUUUAUGUCUCUUUGUGGUUGUUUUGUUUCUCUUUGUGGUUGUUUUGUGUCUCUUUGUAGUUGUUUUGUGUCUCUUUGUAGUUGUUUUAUGUCUCUUUGUGGUUGUUUUGUUUCUCUUUGCGGUUGUUUUGUGUGUCUUUGUGAUGAUUGGUGUUUGUAGUUUUUUUUCAUAUUAUUUUUAUUAACGGAUUAGUAAUAACAAAAAGAAAAGAAUCGUAUCUCCCUCCCCAUAGUCAAUCCCACCCUCCCCCCUACAAGGCAAAACAAAACCAUGGCGUUUGUAGUUUUUUUUGUCUUUGGUGGUUGUUUUGUUUCUUUGUGUUAAUUUGUGUCUCUUUGUGAUCAUUUAAUGUCUCUUUAUAGUUGUCUGGUGUCUCUGUGAUCACUUUGUGUGUCUUUGUGGUGAUUUGUGUUUGUAGUUCUGUGUCUUUGGUGGUUGUUUCCUGUCUUUGUGGUACUUCAUGUUUGUAGUUUUGUGUCUUUGGUCAUUGUUUUGUGUCUUUGUGGUCACUUUCUGUUACUUCAUAGUUUUUAUGUCUGUUUAUGGUCAUUUUGUCCCUUUGUAGUUGUUUUGUGUCUCUUUGUUUUGUUACUUUUUUGUGGGGAUUUUGUGUGUCGUGUCACUUUUUGUCUUCCAAUAGUUUUAUUUUCUGUCUCUGUUGUCAUUUUAUAUCUGUUUAUAGUUGUCUGGUGUCUCUGUUUGUUGUGUUCUCUGUGGUAAUUUUGACUUUUUGUAGUUGUUUUGUCUCUUUGUUGCCAUUUUGUGUCUCUGUGGUGAUUUGCGUUUGUAGUUUUGUGUCUUUUGGUGAUUUUUUGCGUCUGUAAUAGUUUUUCGUAUCUGUGUUCUUUUCCCGUCUCUUUGUGGUCAUUUUGUGUCUCUUUACGGUGAUGUUGUCUCUGUAGGUUUUCUGUGUUUCUUUGUGGUCAUGUUGCCUCUUUAUAGUUGUUUUGCACUCUUGGUUUCUUUCUGUUUUGUGCUCAUUUUGUGUCUGUAGUCAUUUUGUAUCUCUUUAUUUUGUAUAGCUGUUUUGUUUCCCUUUGUGGUCAUUUGUGUUUGUAGUUGUUUUAUAUUACUUUGUGGUUGCUUUGUGUUGUGUUGUGUUAUUGUUGUUUUCAGUUGGUAUGUGGUGGUUUUAUGUCUCCUCAUGUGUGUUUUGUGUCUUUUUAUGUUUUUCUUUCUGUCUUUGGUUAUUCUACCCGUGGUUUUAUUUGAUAUUCGAGCGUUUUGGGAGAUCACCUUGAUUGCACUCACUGUUAGAUCUAAUAUAGACAUUUGAUUUUAUCUCUUUUGGAGGUCAUUUUGUGUUUUUGUGUUCUUUUUGUGUCUUUUUAUGGCCCUUUGUCUCUCCUUGUAUUUGUUUAACCAGAUAUUGCAGUUAUUGAACAACCAAUCAUUGGCACCGUCCUUACCUCUAUAAAGCUUCUCUUUUAAUGCCUAAAAACUUGUUUUUGUGUUUGUGUAUCUUCUACAGAUAAACAACCUCACAGUGACUCAACACACAUGCCCACCAUGGGAGGUCUUAUUGUGUUUCUUGUGUCUUUGCUGCAGCUUAUUAACGCUUCAUUGGCUUAUUCUCUGAAGAACUGCAGCAUUGAUUAUUUUGAUGACCCCUUGGCUGAUGUUUUUGUGAACUGUUUGAGACGUAAAUUGGUGACAGUUCCUGACGACAUCCCCAGAGCUGCCGUCUCAGUGCUGCUCUCAAACAACCACCUGGAGAAGAUCAACAGAGGUGAUUUUAAAUGCAUGUCAAAGCUGAGAGUUUUACAGUUGGCAGAUAAUCACAUUGCUCACGUGGAUGGUGGAUCCUUUAUCGAUUUGGUGGUGUUGAGAAAGCUUUACAUGGACCAAAACAAGCUCACCAACCUGUCAGCUAGCAUCUUUCAGGGACUGUCCAACCUCACUAUUCUCUCACUCACAAGCAACAAGAUCGAGUUUAUUCAUCCCUUGGCCUUCAGGUUCCUGACCAGCUUACAGACUCUGCUGUUAGACUCCAACAGUCUCCGACAGAUCACUGACAUUCAUCCCGUCCUGCAGCUGCCACACCUACAAAAUCUAACAAUCGGUGACAACCUGUUUUCCUCUUUUCAAACCAAAGACCUGCCAUUGAACAUGUCCUCUGGCCUGCAGAUGUUGGAUGUUUCCUCCAAACACUUGCAGAAGUUCAGCAUCACUACUCCAAUCUUCCCUCAGAUUCAGGUUAUAAUUUUUUUCCGUUGUGCUAACAACUUGACAUGGGACAUACCGGACAAAACUUUACUGAGGAGCAUAACUCAGUUGUAUUUUAAUGCUCCUGGGAUGUCCUUUGUAAAGAUCCAGAAAGUCUUGCAGAGUCUCGACUCACUGAUGCACCUCAAACUGAGUUACGUGACCAGGUGGAUUCAGAAAGGUCUGUUAGCUAAGAUCUGCAAAAUACCAAAACUCAGGAAGCUUGAUCUGAGUUACAACCAUCUCCACAACUUUACUGUAAACCUCACUGCUUGUUCACAGCUCUGUGAGCUCGACCUAACCAACACUUACCUCACUAAACUACCAAAAGGCUCAAUUGAAUCCAUGAAAAGGCUGACAUCCCUGGCUGCUGGGACCAACAGGUUCACCAAGGUGCCAGAUGACGUUAAGAGCCUUUACUCCCUGGAGAUCCUGGAUCUGAGUAACAAUCUUAUCUUUGAUUUAAGCUGCGAAGAUUUCCUUAACACAACACGCCUCAUGAAACUUUGCCUUGUUAACAAUCGCAUUGCCAAACUGCAGGGGUGCGUCUUUGAACAUCUCAGUGAUCUGAAGGUUUUAGACCUGAGCAACAACCUGCUGUGGACAUUCGGGGGAACCUUCAAAACAGGACUUCAGAAGCUUGAGUUCUUGGAUUUGAGCAAAAAUUCUCUAACCAAUCUCCAAAAAGGAGAUUUUCAAGGAUUACAAUCACUAAAAUGUCUGAAUGUGACGUCGGAUCAUAUUAACAGGGUGAAGCAUGACACAUUUGACGGACUGAACAACCUUGAAACUCUUCUUCUGUCUCUACCACUGUACUAUGAAAGUAAUUUCAAAGGAUUGCGGCAUUUGAAAAAUCUUACAAUCUACUUUAAAAUUAGUGACAGUUUCCAAAGUCCCCCUCUAGCCUGGUAUAAUGAGACUCUCUUCCAUUUACCUUCUCUGAAGGUUUUUAAAGUAGUUUGCAGCGGUGACCACUAUGGCUUACCCUUUGAUGUACAUACCGACAUGUUUAAAACUAUGAGACACUUAGAGGACUUUACAGCUAUGAACGUCUAUAUUUCUGCUCCAGAUCCAGGAACCUUCUGGGACAACCCCUGGCUCAAGAGUUUGAAGUUGGGUAUGACAGAUUUGUCCAAUCUGGACCCUGGAAUGUUUGACCCAAUCACAAACCUGCAGACUCUGGAUCUCUCUGAGACUAAGCUCAAGUCUUUGGACUUUCUGGCACAGGCCAACCUGACCACCCUCAGAUCUCUGAAAUUGAGCGAUAACAAGAUCAUGGUGAUCAAUGAGACGGUCUUCCAGUCUCUCCCUGCGCUCACGUACUUGGACCUGAACAACAACCCUUUCACCUGUGACUGCUCCAAUGCUGGCUUCAUCCAAUGGGUGAAGAUCAACAACCAAACUCAGGUAGUGAACGCCCAUCAGUACAGGUGCUCCUUCCCGGUAGCCAAACAAGGAAACAUGCUGCUGGACUUUGACAUCCAGACCUGCAGGACAGACAUCAACUUUCUCUGCUUUAUCUCCAGCACUUGUCUGGUUCUUCUGACUCUCCUGAUGUCCUUCACCUACCACUUUUUGAGGUGGCAGCUGGUCUACGCCGUCCACCUCUUCCUGGCCUUCCUGUACGACAGCAGGAAGAGGAAGAAGGGAGAUUCUCAUCACUACGAUGCCUUUGUGUCAUACAACAUCCACAACGAAGACUGGGUUUUCCAGGAGAUGCUUCCAGUGCUAGAAGGAGAGCAAGGCUGGAGACUCUGUCUGCACCACAGGGACUUCCAACCAGGUAAACCCAUCAUUGAGAACAUCACAGACGCCAUCUACGGCAGCAGAAAGACCAUCUGUGUGAUCAGCCGCCGCUACCUGCAGAGCGAGUGGUGCUCCAGAGAGAUCCAGAUGGCCAGCUUCCGGCUGUUUGACGAGAAGAAGGACGUGUUGAUUCUGCUGUUUCUGGAGGACAUCCCGGCCUGGCAGCUGUCUCCGUACUACCGAAUGAGGAAGCUGGUGAAGAGGAGAACCUAUCUGAGCUGGCCUCAGGCUGGACAACACCCAAAAGUCUUCUGGCAUAACGUCCAGAGAGCUCUGGAGACGGAAGACACUCCUGCCGAGAACACCAACCUCCUGACCGGACCAGCAGAACUCUGAGACCGGACCUGCAGGUGAUUUUAAGUAGGAUGGCAUGAAGUGAGCAUUCAGCUGCAUGUUUUCUUUGAGCCUGUUCUUUAACUUCAUAUGGGCAUUAAUUCUACUUUCAAAGAUGGCGUAGCCUAGUUUGCUAUGUUGUUAUUUCAGUUAUUAUAUAGACCCUCCAGAAAAACGGGGACAAAAAUCCUUGAUUAUGCAGGCUAAAAUCCUUGAUUAUGCAAAUAAAUAUGCGGGGUUUUUAUGCCAUUUUAUGCCGGGAAAUUGCGGAAAGUUGCAAAGUAUGCGAAUAAUUGUGAAAUAUGCAAAAAUAUGCGCGAUUCACCUGCCGUCUGGCCGCGGAGGGAUGUGUCCUCUAAUCAGACACUGGGACUGCUGCGGGGUUACUGGACUGACAGCCUGUGCUUUGGGAUGGGGAGAAGCUCACUGCAGCACCUGCUGCUUGUUAAGGACAGUAACUGCAGAAUGAUGCGAACUGAUGACGUCAGGCCCGCACGUCACAUAAAAACUCACUCACAACUCCAUUUAUAUUGGUUAUAGUUUUCUCAUUUUAUGCGGAAAUUGUGAAAUCAAGCGGGACCCGCAUAUUUCUCUUUUUUUUUCGUGGAAAUGUGAGAUUCUUGCGGGAAUUAUAUGCUGUUUUGUGGGGAUUAUGCGGCCUUUUGGGAAAUAAUUGACCCCCGCAUAAUCAGCGGCAUUUUGGUGAUUAAUGCGGGAAUUCAUGCGAUCGCAUAAUCGCGUUUUUCUGGAGGGUCUAAUUAUAGUAAUUAUGCAUUUGUGUAUAUGUUUAUAUACACUGUUGUUCAAAAGUUUGGGGUCACUUAGAAAUGUCCAUGCUUGUCAGCCAUCAUUAGGUAACGUAGACUGGCCCUUGCUGGACAUGUGGUUAGACACAAUGAAGCAGCUGGUUGAGUACUGUUGUGGAGACCUGAUACUAUCAGAAGGGCUGGCAGGCCAAGCACAACAUAAAGGAAGGUGCUUGAAGAAGACACUAGUCUGGCAGACAAAGAGUGCAAUGUCGGACAGAGGGAGCUGGAGGAAGAAACUUUAUUCAUGUCACCGAUUCCGACGGAUGCAAUUGACUUGACUUGAGAAAUGUCCUUAUUUUUGAGAGAAAACAUGAAAUUGUCUGGGUGACCCCAAACUUUUGAACAGUAGUGUAGUUCUGGGAAUACACUUUAGGUGAUUUAAGUAAAGAAAUCACACUUUUGCAAACAUAUCUCAACAACUGUGGUGGAAUUUAAAUAUUAAGGUUGAAACUGUUCAGUAUUUUUAAUGAACCUGACCAAUUUAAAUUUUAAGAUUAGGAACCCACAAUAUUAUACGUGGAAAGCUCAGCAAAUCCAAAGAUUCCUUAUAAGCAGCACUUAAGACACUCAAAUAAACAGGAUGGCCGAGGUUAUUCGUGUUGGAUUUUUUUUUUACAGGCAGAACUACAGUGGAAAUUGACUAAGAUCAGCAAGGCAAUAAAAAAUUAACAGUGGAAGGGACUCAGGCAGCUGUUCCCUUUAUUGUAGAUGGUGUUUUAUAAAAGUCAAAGUAAGUUCUUGUUUCCUCGGCAGUUUGUUUUACUCGUAAUGUGGACAACCUUGAUUUUUUUGGUCAGUUAUAUCUGUCAGAAUUUAACCCCUGCGGUGAGGAUCCUGCUCCCCACAGUUUGUUUCCGUGUAAACAAGUUGCUCAUUAACCCAAAAUAUGAUGUGUUCAUGCAUAUGAAGCUCUUUGAUUUAUUAGAUUAUCUCCCAAUUCCCCUGCAAUCUAUCUCAUAGCUAAGUGUAUCAGAAUGGAAAUGAACUCUCUGAGAUGUUAAAUUUUCCAAAAGUCCUUGCUCUAGUUAUGUCUGGGGUGCAGUUCAGUUGUUACACUGAAUGAAAUCUCGUCUUAAAAUUGUAAUAUUUAAUCAAAACCAUUUUUAUUCUCCAUGCCUCAUCUAAAAAUUUGCCAAAAAUAAACUCUUUGCUCGUGCCAGAGUUUGUAAAAACGCAAAAAAUUCUGUGUUCCUCUGUGCCACUAUGAAGCCAUUAGAGACUGAGCUGCACAAAACAGACGGGGAAAAAAUUCACAGAUUUUUCAGCUUAACUGUAGGCUGUGUUGAAAUAAAAUAUCUGUAGUAUGUAGUGCUGCUUCCAUAGAGGACUGAAAAUGAGCCCACAGUGAGUAAAAAAUCUGACGGAAACAAAAACUGUUUGGAUUUCAGAGAGUUAAAGAAUUAUGAUUCAUUUUAUUUCAGUUUUAUUUUCACAAGAUCACUAUGAAAUGAAAAAAAAAUGCCUUUCAAAAUAAUGUAUGAAUUUAUUGUUGCACAUUUUCAUGAAAAUAAAUGUAUUAAGUGAUUUCAGGUUUUAGCAUGAGUAAAAGUUCAUAUUAUAAGAAGAACAAUGAUAACAUCAGCAACAGUUAUAAUAACAAUAAAGAUCAUUAUUAUUUUUCCAUUUUAUUUUCCUACAAAUAAAGUAAAUACCGUUUUUAUUUAUACAUUGCUAAGUGUUUAUUUGUUUUUAUUUUAUUUUUUAAAGGCAGAUACAGUAAAAGAAAAAAUAAAGUCAAAAGACAUGAGGAUAGGAAAACAGCAAAAUUAAUCAGAUCAAAUAGGAUUUUUUCAAAAGCAAAGUCAAAAUAAAUUAAAUAAAAAUUAGUAUAUGUUUUACCAUUUUUUUCAAUAAAGUAUGAUGAAGUGUAUUCACUGAAAAUAUUGACCUGCUGCUGUGAGUGCAUUAGUGUGCUACACUGUGUAAUAACUAUUCCUAUACAUAAUAAAGGAGUGCUGCAGCUGCUGUUUGUAACAAUUCUCAUUAAUUAAUUAGUUUAAUUAGAUAUUAAAUAAGCCGUAUUAAAUCAUGACUCAUUUAAUUAUUAUUUGAUGAUUUCAUUAUAACUAUUCCAAGAGCUCAUGUAUUUAUUGUAUUUUUUUAGUUAAUUAAAUGUAAAUGAACUGUUGUGUGUAACUUUCUUCCAUUGUAUUCACUCACUCACAUUUCACUUAUUGUAAUUAUCUGAUUAAUGGGACCUUAGUGUUGUGCUGUCAUUGCUGUAUUAUUGGGUGUAAUUUAAGGUGAAAGCGUUGCGUUCUUCUUGUGUUUGACUGUGAUCACCGAACACAGCGGCAGACAGCAGCAUCACCGUGUUAUUGAUCAGCAGCAUAAAGCCGCUGUGUAUUUAGCAGCGGCAACAGUGUGGUAUUGAUCAGGAGCAUUAAUCUGGUUCAGAAUCGAAAGACCCCAGAGCAGCUGCUCACUGAUUAAUUAUACCUUUAAUUUCCUCGAUCAAUACUUCCUUAAUAUGUCUGUAUUGAUCAGACCGGGCAGUGUCUUUGU